AUGGCAUUGACGCCCAUCCUUCGACCCGCUUCAUUGGUGUCAGGUGGUGUGUCCGAUUAUGGUGUUGGUGAUGUGGAUUUUGAGGAUGAUGAUGUUGAUUACGAUGAGGAUGAUGAGUGUUUUGAUGAGAAUAUAGACAAGGAUGUAGAAUGGGCUGUUAUAUUGCAAGAUGCUUUUGAAGAUGAGAUGCGGUUUGACAGUGAUGAUCAUACUGAUGGUGAUAGCCCAGAUGAAUUUGAUAGUCAAAAGAACAGUAAUGAUGAUAAUGUUGGGAAGGCGCCCCAAAAGUAUGUGGAGACAUUCAGAUCUGAUCCCAAUAGAAGUUCAAAAGACUUCAGACAAGAUGUAAUCAGACAAUUAUACUGCAAUGUGUCUAGGGGACAAGCAUACACAACAAAAAGAAGAUGUUUGCGAGAAGUACAAGGGGCUAGAGCUGAGCAAUAUGCAAGAUUGUGGAAUUAUGCUGGUGCUCUGAAAAACAAGAAUCUAGGCUCAAUAAUAAUCAUGAACCUAGAAUAUGUUGAUGCAACAUGCAAGAAAAAAUCUAAAAGGUUUUAUGUGUGCUUUGCAGCAAUAAAGAAUGGAUUCUUGAGCGGGUGUAGGGCUUUCAUAGGUGUUGAUGGCUUCUAUUUAAAGGGCCCUCAUCGGGGUGUUCUACUCAUGGCAGUAGGUGUCGACCCAAAUAAUAACCAAUUCCCACUUGCAUAUGCAGUAGUUUUGAGUGAAAACAAAGACAAUUGGGAAUGGUUUCUAACAUUACUAAAAGAAGAUUUGAACAUUGUAAGGGAUGAUGCCCACACAUUCAUUUCAGACAAACAAAAGGGCCUCUUACCAGCAUUUGAAAAGGUUCUUCCUGAUGUAGAAAACAGAUUUUGCGUUCGGUUUUCGAUUUUCCAAACCGCCGAACUGAAUUUUCGAUUAAGCGAAAAUUCGGUUCAGUUCGAUUCGGUUAACCGAAAUGGACACCCCUAUGCACAAGUGUUGGAUCUUGAUGACUUUGUGCACGAGUCUUAUCAUGUUGACACUUUCUGCAAGGUAUAUGCACCAGCAAUCAUGCCUCUUCAUGGACUAGAAAUGUGGGAAAAAGCUAGUUACAUUCCACCCGUGCCUCCAAAUUUUGAGAGGAAAAAGGGGAGGCCUGCAAGGGAAAGAAGAUUGAAACUUGACGACAUUCGGAAGGGUAAGAAACCUGCAACUGCAAUCGACAAAUUGCUAAGGCAAAGAGAAAAAGGGAUAUGCAAAUUCUGUCAUCAAGUAGGACACACCAUGAAAGGUUGCAAGUGGAAGAAAUUUGCUAAAGAAUUCCCAGAUGAUGUAUUUAAGUAG